AACACCAGAGUGCUGUUCAACAUCCGGGUGGUGGGAGGGUCAGCGUUCUACAGCUACCUGUCACCUCAGGACGGCCGGCCGCUCUACCAUCCUGCUGUGGACAGAGCUCUGAAGCUGUGCGGCUCAGGAGGACCUCCACAUGUGAAGCUCAUCAUCGAGUGGGAGCACAGGAUCAAAGACUGUCUGUUUGGAAACAUCCACGAGGAGGUGGUGAAGGACGCGGACAGCGUGAGGAAUCAGCAGCAGCAGCACGUGCAGGCGUACAGCUGCACGCUGGACGAGUGUUUCCAGCUGUACACCAAAGAGGAACAGCUGGCCCCGGACGACGCCUGGAAGUGUCCUCACUGUAAGCAGCUGCAGCAGGGCGUGGUGAAGAUGAGCCUGUGGACGCUGCCCGAUAUCCUCAUCCUGCACCUGAAGCGCUUCAGACAGGUGGGCGAGCGCAGGAACAAGCUCACCACCUUCGUGCACUUCCCUCUGGCCGGCCUGGACAUGACGCCUCACAUGGUGAGCCGCGGCCACGCCUCCCAUCAGCCCCCUCUGCAGCCGGGCUGGAAACAGUCCAGACGACCCGACCCGGCUCCUCCUGACUUCCUGUACGACCUGUACGCCGUGUGCAACCACCACGGAGGGAUGCACGGCGGACAUUACACAGCGUUCUGCAGGAACUCGGUGGACGCUCAGUGGUACAGCUACGACGACAGCAGCGCCGAGCCGGUUCCUGAGGCGGAGGUGUGCACACGAGGAGCCUACAUCCUCUUUUAUCAGAGAAGAAACACCAUCCCUCUCUGGUCUGCCAGCUCCUCGCUCACAGGCUCCACCAGCUCGUCCACCUCUGACCACUGGCUGGUCCGUCUGACGGGGGGCAGCAAGCGGGGCAGUGUAGGGUCAGGAGGACCUGUUCCUGGACCUGCAGGUCCUCAUCAGGCUCCGGAGUCUCCUGAGCUCCCUGUGUUUGGAGACGAGCCGACGAAAACACAAGAAACGA